AUGAAACCUGAGCCCAACAGAUCUACGAACUGGCCCGAGAAAGCCAAGUUAAGUCGGAACACUAAUCCGUUUUCUUUUCUCCCAACUCCAUCCCCAACUGCCCGUCCAAUUCUGGAAAAAUCAAGUGCCGUUUCUGGUCAAAUGGUCACGGACAAGCAAAUCCUGGUAGCCCGAAUCGAACCCUGUGUGAUCAGUCGGAAGCCUUUCGUUCGCCGGUACGCCACAUCAGAUAGUUUCGUUCGCCGGCCCGUCACACAGAUAGUUUCGUUCGCCGGUACGCCACAUCAGAUAGUUUCGUUCGCCGGCCCGUCACAUCAGAUAGUUACGUUCGCCGGCCCGUCACAUCAGAUAGUUUCGUUCGCCGGUACGCCACAUCAGAUAGUUUCGUUCGCCGGCCCGUCACACAGAAUAGUUUCGUUCGCCGGCCCGUCACAUCAGAUUUCGUUCGCCGGUACGCCACAUCAGAUAGUUUCGUUCGCCGGCCCGUACGCCACAUCAGAUAGUUUCGUUCGCCGGCCCGUCACACAGAUAGUUUCGUUCGCCGGCCCGUCACAUCAGAUAGUUUCGUUCGCCGGUACGCCACAUCAGAUAGUUUCGUUCGCCGGCCCGUCACACAGAUAG